AUUUGAAUCAACAUUGUCCACACGCAUCAAUUAAAAAAAGUUAAAGGUAAGUUGGAGUGGGGGUGAAGUGGGAAAGAUGCUGAACUCAAAUUCAGUCACAGUUUCUUGCUUUUAGCAAUUUCUGAAAUUACAUUACUCUCCAGAAGGACAUCAAAAGAACCUACUAUUCUUCCUGGGUCUUCUUCAAUGGCUUUCCUCUCACUGUUUCUUGUCAUAUAUCCAUGGUUAGCAUCAUCUGUUUUGAGCCAAGUUUCAGAGUUUAUCAGUAUAGAUUGUGGAAGCACAAGUAACUACACUGACCCAAGUACUGGAUUAAGAUGGGUUUCAGACAUGGGUAUUAUGAGCUAUGGAAACUCAGUAGCAGUGGAGAAUCCUGGUGGGAACUUGAUGAUGCAGUAUCGACGGCGCAGAGACUUCCCAAUAGACAACAAGAAGUACUGUUACACUCUGAGUACCCAAGAGAGAAGGCGGUAUCUGGUUCGAGCAACAUUUCUGUAUGGAAUCCUGCAAAAUGAAGAAACUUACCCAAAAUUUGAGCUUUACUUGGAUGCAACUGAGUGGGCAACUGUGACAAUUUUUGAAGCUUCAAGGGUAUAUGUGUCUGAAAUGAUCAUCAUGGCACCUUUGAAUUCUAUUGAUGUCUGCAUAUGUUGUGCAACAACUGGUUCUCCUUUCAUAUCCACUCUUGAGUUGCGGCCCUUGAACCUUUCCAUGUAUGCCACAAAUUAUGAGGAUAAUUUCUUCUUGAAAGUAGCAGCAAGAGUAAACUUUGGUGCUCUAAGUAGGGAUUCUGUAAGGUACCCUGAUGAUCCAUAUGACAGAAUCUGGGAGUCAGAUCUUGUUAAAAGAGAAAAUUUUCUUGUGGAUGUAGCCCCUGGCACAGAAAGAAUCAACACAUCCAACAAUGUAGACAUCAAUACGAAAGAAUAUCCACCCGUUAAAGUUAUGCAAACAGCAGUUGUUGGCACUAAAGGAGUACUAAGUUACAGAUUAAACCUGAAAGAUUUUCCUGCAAAUGCCCGAGCUUAUGCAUACUUUGCUGAAAUUGAGAAUUUGGGUCCAAAUGAGACCCGAAAAUUUAAACUGCGUGAUCCUUACACGCCUGACUACAGCAAUGCAGUAGUAAAUAUAGCUGAGAAUGCCAACGGGAGCUACAGACUUUAUGAACCCAGCUACAUGAAUGUGACUCUGAGUUUUGUUCUGUCAUUUUCUUUUCACAAGACCAGUGAUUCUACUCGAGGGCCACUCCUCAAUGCAAUUGAGAUAAGUAAAUACCAGCAGAUUGCUGCAAAAACUGACUGGCAAGAUGUGACUGUUCUCAAUGCCUUUUGCAACAUGUCUGCCGGAAGUGCCUGGGCAAAUGAAGGAGGUGAUCCAUGUGUUCCAGCUCAAUGGGAAUGGGUAUCUUGCAGCUCAACCACACCCCCAAGAAUAACAAAAAUUGCCUUGUCAAGACAAAAUGUUGGGGGCCAAAUUCCAUCUGAGCUUAACAACAUGGAGGAAUUGACAGAGCUGUGGUUGGACAGCAACUCCCUUUCAGGGCCACUUCCUGAUAUGAGUAACCUGAUCAAUUUAAGGAUUGUACAUUUGGAGAACAACAAACUGUCUGGUUUACUACCUUCAUACCUGGGAAGUAUGCCAAGCUUACAAGAACUGUACAUACAGAACAACUCUUUUACUGGUGAAAUACCCCAAGCAUUGCUAAAUAGAAAAGUGGUUUUCAGGUAUGAAGACAAUCCUGGAUUAAUUAAGGGAGCACAAAGAAAUAUGCGUUUUAAGUUGAUACUUGGAGCUUCAAUAUUAGCACUUGCAGUUCUCUUAGUUCUUUUCUUGGGAAGCUUGCUAUUUGUGCGUAGAAAAAUGUCUCAUAAAAGAAGGGAUGAAAAAGGUUCCUUGCAUAGUAUCAAUUCUGAAGCAGCCUAUUCAAUUGUACGGGGUGGGCAUUUCCUUAAUGAAGGUGUAGCAUGCUGCAUCUCACUGUCUGAGCUACGAAAUGCCACCAAUAAUUUUAGUAAGAGGAUUGGCAAAGGAAGUUCUGGUUCUGUUUACUAUGGCAAAAUGAAGGAUGGAAAAGAGGUGGCAGUCAAAAUAAUGGCUGAUUCAUCUAGUCAGCAGCAAUUUGUGACAGAGGUUGCACUCCUUUCAAGAAUUCAUCACAGAAACUUGGUUCCUCUAAUUGGAUACUGUGAAGAUGGAAAUCAGCAGAUGCUAGUUUAUGAAUAUAUGCAUAAUGGAACUUUGCGGGAUCACAUACAUGGUUCAAUCAAUCAGAAGCGCUUGGAUUGGCUUUCGCGUCUACAAGUUGCGGGGGAUGCAGCAAAAGGCCUUGAUUACUUGCACACUGGUUGCAACCCAAGUAUCAUUCACCGAGAUGUGAAGACAAGCAAUAUUCUUCUAGACAUUAAUAUGAGAGCUAAAGUGUCAGAUUUUGGACUUUCAAGGCAGGCCGAAGAAGACUUAACCCAUGUAUCAAGUAUGGCACGAGGAACAGUCGGCUACCUUGAUCCUGAGUAUUAUGCAAGUCAACAAUUGACUGAAAAGAGUGAUGUUUACAGUUUCGGAGUCGUUCUUUUGGAACUAAUCUCUGGAAGAAAGCCAAUUUCAGUUAAAGAUUUUGGUGCUGAAUUGAAUAUUGUUCACUGGGCAAGAUCUUUGAUACGGAAAGGAGAUGUGACAAGCAUGGUUGAUCCAUUUCUAAUUGAACAUGUCAAAAUCGAAUCUAUUUGGAGAAUUGCUGAAGUAGCCAUCCAAUGUGUUGAACAGCAUGGAUAUUCCCGUCCGAGGAUGCAAGAAAUAAUCUUGGCUAUACAAGAUGCCAUGAAGAUAGAAAAAGGAACCGAGGACGGUCAGAAAUCAGGCUCUGGUGGUUCCAGGGGUCAAUCUUCCCGGAAAACGUUGCUGACAAGCUUUCUUGAAAUAGAGAGCUCUGACCUAUCAAAUGGUUGCAUGGUCCCAUCUGCAAGAUGAUUUUGUAGCUUACCAGAUAAUAUUUAUCACUGUCAUUUGAUAGAUACUCAGUAUGUUUAUGCCACAGGUAACGUAGGAAACAUAGGUUUACUCUCAGGUGAAAUCUAGUCCAUUUUAAAGUUUUUUACUGCUUAUAUGUCGAGCAAAAAGUGGUUAUAAGCGUAUUUACAAUAAAUUAAGUGAAAAAAU